AGUUGAUAUCGAAUGUCAUCUUCUCCUGAGUCGGUGUCAUCGGGAUCUGCGCCUGAGGAUCCCCCUCGCGCUGGUGCCGCGUCUUCCAGCUUGGGCGCUUCACGGAGUAAUUCCUCUUAUCAUCCACUGCGGGCCCCUCAAGGCCGCUUCUAUCGGAACCAACGACAUUCAGGCAGUGGUCUUCGGAUGGUCUUUGAUUCUGCUAUAAAGGGGAAGUUGGAAGACGCUGGUAUCUUGGCGGAACUCUUCGUCGCACACACCCUUGAGGAGGUCUAUGGUGACGAAUUCUCACUUGACUGGUGGAAGACGAGUGCGAGGACGGCUUGCUAUCCGACCCACGGGCGGGAGGGUGUGGACGAUCGACUCGGGUACGACUUCGAGUUUCUCGAUACCAAAGGUGUGUUCUCUAAGCCGAGGGAGGAUGGUCCUCGGUGGGUCCGACUCGAAGUGAAGGGAACACUGCGAUCUGAGGGUACCGUCAAAUUCGAUAUGUCCCGUAACGAGCUCGCUGUUGCCCAGAAUCCCGAUGCUGAUUAUGCUGUUGUUCUGGUCAAGAACGCCGCCGGAGAUUCUCCUGCUAUUCAGACUGUCCUUACUGACUUCUUUUCGACCAUUCAAGAAAAGCGGGUUGACUGCAAGCCGAGCCAGUACUCGAUCACUUUGGCAGAUCCAGAACUCUACAGCAGCGUCCCUAGCGAGGUUGCCGAGAAACGGCUUUCAGACGCCGAAUCGAAGAUCAUGCUCGUCUCGGAUGAGAAGAAGUUACGUAAUCAAGCAAAACGUUUGAGGCGAGCGGAGACGAGUGAGACUCCAGUUACUGAAACGGAAAUGCGGGAACACCAACGACGCCGAAUGAGAUGAUCAAUUCGUAAAUUAUUCGGCAGUUUGACUAUCUUGUA